AUGGAUUCGGUCAUCGAGGUGCAAAGACAAACGCAUGAAGAGGUUGAGCGGCUUGAACUUGCCCUGUCCGGCGUUCUUGCACGGCCAAGCGCGGGACACCGGUAUAAUCUCGCCAAUCAACACAAGGCGAAGGAUUUAUUGUCACGCGUGGUCGAUAGAACUGUUGAUCUCAAUAAUCUAUAUCUUGACCCCGACGAUGAACGCCACAAAGAGAUCGAUAUUCUAACGUCCAAGGUGGUACCGGGGAAGCCAGACGACCUCACUGAGUUCUAUUCCCGCUUGGAUCGGAUAAGAAGCUAUUAUGUGCGAUACCCGAACACAAAUGUGGACGGGGUUGAGGAGGAAGUUGCUGCUCUUGUUGGUGAUGACGAGGACACGUAUGAUGAAGAGGAUGACCCUGUUGCGCGCCUUUUUACAGGAGAAGAGGCCUUCGGUCGCUACCUCGAUCUCAACUCUCACCAUGCAUUGUACUGCAAUCUAAAACACCUGACAAAACGGCUAGGGUACUUACAGUACCUUGACACCCUGAUCGCUACUAAGGAUGCGCCCAUAGGGCAUGAAUUAUCCAAGGACUGUAAAUCUACGAGAGAAUACGAAGUAUAUUUAUUGUCUUUGAAGACAUAUCUUGUCUCCUUCCUCGAACGGACACGCCCGUUGGAUACCAAUGAGCAGAAGCUAAGAGAUCUUCAAGAAGAGUUCGAUCAGUUGUGGGAUGCGGGAAAGAUUGACCUUGAGAGCAGUUCCGAUGCCAAAGCGAACGGGAUGCCGGUAUCGGCUGGCGAGGGUAUUUGGUGUCCUGCUUGCCAUAAGUUUUACUCGAAGCAGACUGUGUAUGAUGCUCAUCUUCAAUCAAAGAAGCAUCUGAAGGCUGCCGAGCGACUCAAUGGAGAGCCAUCCACGCAAGCUCCGAAUGGUGACGGCACGCCUGCACCACAAUCUCGUCGACGUGCGCUGGCUCUUCUGACUUUCCAGACCACUGGAUUGCUUCGCUCCUUGAACUCCGUACUGCUAGACACAAAGUCGAACGUUGAACGGAGGUUCGCGCUCACGGCUCGCGAGCGCGAGCUAGAGUUAGAAGAAGAGCCUGUUGAGGUUGCACCGCCAGCGGAAGAUGGUCAGCAGGAAGAAGAGGAAGAAGAGAGAAUUUACAACCCACUCAAACUGCCAAUGGGAUGGGACGGGAAACCGAUUCCUUAUUGGCUGUACAAAUUGCAUGGUCUGGGUGUGGAAUACCGAUGCGAGAUAUGUUCAGGUGCAGUAAAAAACUUCGAACGUCAUUUCCAAGAGACAAAACACACUUUCGGGCUGAAGGCUUUAGGCUUGCCGAAUACGAAGCACUUCCAUGAGAUCACGAAGAUAGCAGACGCACUAGCACUGGCCGAGAAACUAAAGCAGGAAGGUCGUAUCGAGAUCAUGCAAGGGGAAAUGAUGGAAGAAAUGGAGGACGAAGAGGGUAAUGUCUACAACAAAAAGACAUACGAGGAUCUGAAGAAGCAAGGACUCAUAUGA